UUCGUCGAUUUCGACCAAAGUGCCGUCAUGUUGGAGUCGAUUUCGUUCACGCACCAAGCGUACUCGAAACUUGGGUCCGUGCAGCGAACUGUGCAAUGCGAGCUCGAAGGCUUGCGGAAGAUGCUGCAACUCCAAGAGCAGGCGGCAGCUACUCUCGGCACCCCCCCAGCGCCGCCAAUGUUGCCCUUGGGCCCGCAUGCCAACGCUGUCGACAAUCAAGAUUGGGACGUGAUCCAAGAACCGAGUAGGUUACAAUUGCAACGCCAUGUCAAAGAUCCUGUUGAUCCAGCGACCGCACGGUGCGAAGCGAUGCUGCAGCAAGCCGAGCGCAGCGCCGACGUGCUGUACGAGACAUUGGAAUUUGAGUCGAAAGAGUUGGCGCAUGUUCGAGAAACGAUGGACAUGAAGUGGCGCGACAUUGCGCGGACUCUAGCCGACGAGAUUCGGCAACUCAAAAAAGUCGUGGCCGACAAGGACACAGUCGUCGAACAACUCCGACAGGAGCUUCGCCACACCCAUCAACUGGCGCUCGCCCACGAGGAAGACUUGGUCACCCGGUCCAACGCAACGCUUCGGCGCAACGAAGAACUGCAGAAACUCUCGGCAUCUGCACACGAAACGAAUCAAAUGCUGAUGGCCCAAGUGCAAACCCUUCGCCAAACACUCGAAACUCAACGUGCUACUGCGUCGGAGCAGCGAGACAAGGACGAAGAGUGGCAAGGCAUGUUAGCGGAGCAGAACCGCCAGCUUCAAAUUCAACUCAGCCACGAAAGCCAAGCCAAGGCCGAGUUGCAAGCGAUGCUCGCGAGUGUUAUACAGCAACACGCGCCGCCGCCACCCCCCACCGCCGUUCGGGCAAUCACAGUAAGCGCCCCGAAGCCACACAAACACUUUCCAUCCGUCAUCACUGCUUCGACACCACAUCUUUUGCCACGACUCGCAGGAGGCCCCGCCGGGGCAUCAUCCGGUGCUGCCAAACCAAUUCCUUCAUCCACCGCAAGUUGCGUGCCAUUGUGGAAAUAACGUGCUACUUAAAUAUGAUACGACGACAUGUCGGAGCACACACUGCUCGGCCGUCGAUCUUGGCGGUCCAUGGUCACCUUCAUCGCGUCGUCGUGGAGGUGCA